AACACAACGUCCCCGGCCAGGGCGGAGAACCCAGACCGCUCGAUCCGGAGACGAGCGCACUAACCAUAAGGUCACUGCGCCAGAUCUAUCAUCCCAUAUCCAAGACAACCUGGUGGAAUAAUUGUCGAAAAACAAUUAUUCCACUCACGCUUGUUAGAUAUAAGGUGAUGGUGUGUAGCGCCUCGUUGGCUAUCUAUCAUUCCAUAUCCAAGGCACUCUCGUGGAGUUAUUGUUAAAAAAGCUUAAGGAAAAUUUAAACAGACAAAUUAAAAGACCUUUUAUGGGUUAUAAACAACAACAUGAAGUUCACCUCUGAGGGUUCACACUCCAAUGUACAAUAUUUAUUCUGUUAUCACGUUCAGAUACUCUUUGAGUAUGAAUCUAAAUCUGGCCAUCACACUACUUGCAAUCAUGAUAUGCCGGGUAUUUUGUAAGCUUGACCCUGGACGGUGUAGAAGCGAAUAUUCCAUCCGCGGUAGGAUGCUGAAAGGACACACCUUCAUGGAGACGACGACCACAAACUGGCUUAAGUGUGUAGACAAGUGUAACGAUCACGUCAGAUGUCAAAGCUUCAACUACGUCAUCACCCGAGGCAUAUGUGAACUGAACGACCGCACCAAAGAGGCCAGACCUGGGGAUUUUGUUGCGGACAGCGAACGGGUGUAUCUCAAACGACUGAGUAAAAGAGUUGCACUUGGAUCCAUCGCGGAGUUGCCAGCUGAAUCGUGCGCCGAGAUCAGGGCGAGUGAAGGAGAAGAUGCAGUCAGCGGUAAUUACUGGUUCAAUUCAAUUAAACCUGGCGAGGUAGUCUUGGCUCCAUGUAACAUGUCUACGGAAGACGUAGACGAGUGCAAUGCUUCUGUUCCUGUCUGUGACAUCAAUGCCGAGUGUAUCAACAUCAUUGGUUCAUUUAUUUGUGCCUGCAAAACUGGUUUCUCUGGGGAUGGAUUCAGGUGUUCUGAUAUAGAUGAGUGCGCCAGCGGUGCUAACGGCUGCAUCAGCGGUAGAGCUACAUGUUCAAAUACAGCUGGAUCGUACAAUUGUACCUGUAACCAUGGUUACACAGGAGAUGGCAAAACCAGUUGUUUGUCUCAAGAAUGUCAGAACUAUCAAAACUUGACAAAUGGAGACAGGAAAAACACAUCCGGUGCAGUACCGUUGACUUGUGGUAGCACACUCGGGCCAGGUUGGUUUCGUUUCCAAGGAGACGCAGGAACUAAAAUGGCUACCACCUGCGUGUCUAUACAUCACUGUGGGACCGAUUCCACCGGCUGGUUAAACGGUGCUCAUCCUACAGUUGCAGAGGGUCAAGUCACCAGGCAGGUCUGCUUUAAUUGGAAUUCAAACUGUUGUACUUGGUCCAUCAAUAUCCAAGUGCAAAGCUGCGGCGAUUUCUUCAUUUAUAACAUCAGUGGAACACCCUCAGUACACCCUUGUCAUCUGCGCUACUGUGGCGCUGACUGAAACAAGUAUUUAAUCUAGUGAUGGUUGCAAACAAAACUCCUCUAUUUAUAGGCUGUACAUAGUGAUUUUAAUUAAUUUCCUUUUGCGUUUAUGUCGAGGGCCAUUAGUUUAUCAGUUUUGACUGUCAAAAGUUACCCUCUCCAAUAAAGUCUACUAUUAAAGUCUACCAUUAAAUGACAAUUCAAUUUACGAAAUAUAUAUUCCCUUAAGUGCGUCUUGAAAAAUUCAUUCUUAAUUUCCCUGUUGCUAACGUUUUCAGUCCUAGAGUCUUCUAAAUACUUGUAAUUUCUUUUAACUUUUUCGUCAAGUAGUUAUUUCUGCAUAAAAUGGCACUGUGAGUCUAAUAGUACAAAAAGAGACAAACAAAUAAGAACAGUGGCGAAGAGGAGCAAGAGAUUCCAUUAAACUUAUAUGUGAUCAGGAAUCCACGUGUUGAAUGCAAGAUUAUUGGAUUAAUUCAUAUGGAUUAGUGUAUUUUAAGUUAUUUGGGAUAAAAAAUCUGUCAACUUAACUGCGUUUGACAGUUUUUUAAUCAAAAGACUUUCAGAUCGGAGUGCAAUUAAAAGAUCUCAGGGAGGAAGUGCGAAUCGACGCGAUACAGACGUGCUCGCAAACACACCUCGGACCUUCAAAGAAAAGAUCCGGGGGUCACUCCCAGAAAAUUGGGCGGGGAUGUGCGGCCUGCUUCCCAAAACCCUUACCCUAUUUGUGACCAAAAUCUGUGAUUUUCCUUACCCUA